AUGCGCGCGCGAGGCCCGCGCGCGGCGGAUCCCGACGACGCGGUGUUCCAACAGCGCGCCAUCGAACUGAAGGAUGAGGCGAACGCGCUGUACCGGGAGAACCGGCUGAAGCGGGCGUUGGAGGUGUACGAGCAGGCGUUGAACUUGCUGGACGAGCGGGACGCGACGCGGGCGAUGAUUUAUUCGAAUCGAGCGGCGUGCUUCAUGAAGCUGGGGUGCUACGCGGACGUCGUGGCGGAGGCGGGACGGUCGCUCGCGCUCGACGCCUCGAGCCACAAGGCGUACUGGCAUCGGGCGCAGGCGUACGAGCGUUUGGGGCAGGUGGCGAAGGCGAAGCGCGAUCUGCAACACGUGCUCACGCAUGAUCCCGAAGAUGUGGACGCGAAGAGGGCGUUGGACGAGCUUAACGGCGUCAAGCCGAGCGCGCCGGCGGGUCUGGGAGGGUUGGGGCUCCAAAGGGAAAAGAAGGCUGGUGGAAAGAAGGGUGCAAAGAAGAGCGAUAAAGGCGGGGCGGAUGAAGCAGCGGCAGCGCAGCAGCAACAGCAACAGCAGCAGCAACAGCGCAUGACGCAACAAGAUCCUCCAGCGUUGCAAAUCAAGGCCGUGUUCGGGCAAGACGUGCGCAUGUUCAGCGUCUUCUCCACCAUUGGCUUCAAGGACCUCGUCACGAGCAUUGCGACCAAGUUUAACUUCGCGGGUCAAUUCUCCAUCAAGUACGAGGACGAAGAAGGCGUGAUGAGGAAUGUUCAGUCCAAGUCUGACUUCCAAAAGUCCAUUUACGCGACGUCCAACCGUCUUCGCGCGCUGGCAACGCCACCGCUCAUCCCUUACGUGAAGCUCUUCAUCCAAGAGCUGCCAAAGAUUGAGGACAUCGAGCUCGUAGACGAAAACGGUAAGCCCGCCGGACUUGCACCGAACGAAGUCGUCGAGAUUGAUGAGUGGAUUUUGGAUUUCUCGUCUCUGUUCCGAGAGCACCUCGGUAUCGAUGCCGAAGGGCACCUGGAUCUCAACCAAGAUGGUAUGAACUUGUCGUCUGACCUCGCUAACAGCACUGAGAUCAGUGACGACGAAGCCAAGGAACUUCUCAACGGGGCGAUCGCCAAGUUCCAAGAAGCGGCCGCAGCGUGCAUGUUCAACUGGGGUAACGUGCACAUGUGCCAAGCGCGUAAGAAGAUGGAUGGUGGCCGAGAACCACCGACGGAGGAAGGCACGCCGGGUGCGGCCAUUACUAUCGCGGACAACUUCGCGGAGGUGGAGGAGCUCAUGGAACUCGCUAAGACGCGGUUCGAGAAGGCUCUUUCCAUCAAGCCGGAUCACCACGAUACCCACAUCGCUCUCGCCCAACGUAGAUACGAGCGCUCGCGCUUGCUCUGCGCCGCCGCGGGGCUGAGCGGCGAAGAUGGCAAGGUCCCAUCCGGUCAUGAUGCCAAGAAGCGCGCUGCAGAGGCGGAGGCCGAGUUCGAAGGCGCCGCUGAGGACUACAAGACUGCACUCGGUAACUUGCCGGAGGAAGUUCCGAAGGAAAAAACGGAGGAAGAGAAGGCGCAUUUCCAAACGCUGGUGGACGAAGCGAUCGCGCGCGGUGAAGAACCGCCAUCGGUUGAGGAACCGUCUCUUAAAGCGCAAGUCCGCGUUAUGCUCGGCAACACGCUGUUUGAGCAUUCUCAAAUGUUAGCUCGAUUAGGAAAGACGUGGAGGCCGAUGCUUGACGAGUCCCUCGUUCACUUCAAGGAUGCCGGCUGCGUGCAAGCGGACAUCGACAACGCGAUCAAGAUGCACAAGGGCUUGCGAAUGGAGACUGGCAAGUAA